AUGGAACGAGUCACCAAAAAAUUGGAGGGAAUCCUAGAAGAGGAAGGCGAAAAAGUCUCUUCGCCGCCUUCUCAGCAACCACCCAGCCAACCGCCCUACCAGUCUCCGUACCCGCCCAUACCUCAGCCAACCGCCAGCACACCGACCCCCGGAGCAGAAGAUGGAGGAGUCCCUCCGCGGCCUUCUUGGCAGGUACCGAACCGAUCACCCUACCAGUCUCCAUACCCGCCAGUGCCGCCGUCGGCCGCAAGCACGCCAACACUCGUCCCGCUUCCCGAAUACAACCGCCGCAUCUCCGUCUACCUGUGCUCAAACCGCCACCUCACGCGGCGCCUCCACGCCGCAGCGCGGACCUACGGCAUCAAUGCCGACCACAUCUUGCCACCCCCUCCCACGGACCAGCCCGACGCGAGCUGCAUGCUGAUCUACAUGCCGUUUGCGCUGAGCAACGACGACGCGGUGGUCGGACUGAUCACAGGCCGGGUGGGUGAUGCUGUGUUCUCGACGCCGUGUUCGGUUUCGGAUAGGGAGCUCUUGGAGGGUGAGGAUAUCGGCUGGCAUCCUAUGCCAGAGGAGUCUCCCUCUCAUGCACACGAGUGGUGGUAUCGGAGAGUGGCGAGGGGGCUGCCAGAUAGGUUUGAUGAUGGAAAUGGGGAGGCUACGCCGAGGGCUGGAUCACCGGUGCGUCAAUGA